AAAGAAAUAAAAACUUUGUGGUGGAAUGAGUUCAAGGUUAGUGUUGUUUUUAUUUAUUUUCUCACAACGUAAGUUCGGUGUAGCAUACUGAUGGUCAAUAAUGAAAUUUGACAUGAAUUGUUUGGUGCAUUGUAAGGGAUAUCUCACUUGUGACCAAUAUAAUUAAUUUCCCUUGCUUUUGCUAUUGAUUGUAGCGUAAGUUUACGUGGGAUGAAAUGGAAGAGGCUGAGGUUAGAAGAAUUUUUAAGAAGAAAGUCGGUGAUGACAUGCGUUAUGUGAUAAAUAAAGCGAAGAGAACAAAAGAAAAGCCGGAUUUCAUUACAGCUGACGAUUGGAUAGAAAUUACGAGAACUUGGGAAACUGAGAAGCAUAAGAAAAGGUGUGAACAGAACAAGAAGAAUCGAGCUUCUAGUUCUAGUGACGGGUCUGCGUCAGCCACAUAUGCUGGGGGCUCUAUCAGCAUCGGCGAGCACAGAAGAAGAAUGGCAGAUGAAUUGGGGACGGAACCCACAUUUACAGCUACAUUUGAACGCACAUUUCAGAAAAAGGAUAAGACAUGGACUGGCGAUCGAGCAAAAGCUACUAAGGUAUGGAAGGUUAUAGUUUGGACUUUAUCGAAACUAGAAUGAAAAUCAUGCAUGUUUUUAAUAUUUAUGGUAAUAUAUUCGAAUUUAUUUUAUUUUUAUCUAUACUGUUAAUAUAGGAAAAAUAUGAUCAACUUUUGAUGAGCACUGCUAGUGGUUCUGGUUGUGGUGAUGAUGGUGGUGGUGGUGAUGGUGUUGCUGUGUCUGAGCCAUCGGUUGAUAGUAUGGCAUUAUGGGUGGAGGCAGCGGGUGGGAUGAAAAGAGGAAAAAUAUUUGGGAUGGGAUCCUUAUCAAGGACGUUUAAAACGAAGGCUGCUGCAUCUUCAUCCUCCAAUGCGGCUGCUGCAAGGAGGACACGACAUGAGGAGCACAUGACCCAAGAAUUGUGCCAACUGAAACAGUUGCUUGUACAGAAGGACGAAGAAAUGAAGCAUUUACUUGGACAGAAGGACGAACAAAUAAGAGUGAUGCAAUCACAAAUGCAAUACGUCAUGCGACACCUCGACAUCGAUCGCAAUGACGUUCCUUCUGUACCUCCUGUUAAUGUAGCCGGUCAUGGGCAUAUUGAUGAACCACACGAUGAUGCGGCGAUUGGUGAUGAUGCUGAUGAUGAUGAUGCUGGUGAUUUUAUUGUCAGUCCCCCUUAGGUAAGAACAUUUUUUUAUAGCUAGUUCUACGUCAAUGCAUAAAUGCUUUUUUUAU